UUGAAGAGUGAGAACGAAGGUGAAAGUGAUUCUCGGUAAAGAAGAAGGAGGAAGUUUUAGUCUUUUUUUUUUGCGACUUACGAGAUGGAGGUUCCAAGCUCUGAGGAACUGCUUCAGUUUAUGAGCUCUUGUCUCACUCAGAUCAAAUGGCGACUCAAGGCCGCUUCCAAACGCCGCCUUGAAAUAGAUGUUCUGGCAUUGUGCACGGGAAUGAGACCAGUUGUGAUGAUUGACUAUGGUGGAAAGAUGCCUGAGCUGCAGGAUCGCUUGCUUUCGCUUCUUGAGCUUGUUCAAGAGGGUUUACCAGUUUUCAAAGAUCUGAAGGUUAUGGUUAUUGAGGAUAUGAUUUACCUGAUAAAUGUAAGAAGACUACCCAAAUUUGUAAGUUCCAGCUUGAAUUCAGAACCUGAAUUGUUCUUCGUCGACUUGGAACAAGAUCCUCCAAAGAUGGUAGAACAAAGCAAGGAUAGCAAUCUGGGGAUGCAGCUUAGAUCGAUUCAGAAGCUAUUCUCUUCCACAUUUCCUUUAGAAAACAGCAACAAUGAUACCACCACAGCCAACUCUUCUCAGUCUUCUUUAUGCAUUGAUCUUAGUUGUUGUUUACAAGACACUAAAGUUACAAUCCCUACCUUAAACGGAUGGCUGCUGGACUAUCCAGUAGUGUAUCUAUUCGGGACAGAUCACAUAGAAGAAGCAAUCUACAACCUAUCCACCAAAUCCCUCCGCAUUUUCAAAGUUCUAGUGUGCAGGAAUGGUACCACUGAGAAGGACUCUCACUUAGAAGAGCUAACAAGUUUUUCGGUGCCAUAUGAUCUGAGUACAGAAGGAAGCAAGGAAGUAUGGGCCGAAACAUUUCUAGAGAAGAUGAGUUCGAGGUGGGAAGAAUGCAAACACGUUUGGAGAUCAUUGGAUUUGCAAGUUUCUGAAUGUUAUCCUCAAGCAAUUGUUCUUUAAACAGUUGUUCACUUAACUUGACACAAAGAGUUGUUUAUUCAUCGAAGUAAUCAGAAAGAUAAAAACAAAAAAAAAACCUUGAAUGUUGAAUAAAAUGAGUUUCAUA